ACAUCGAUGCUUUUUCGGGGUUAUCGGACUUCAUGAUAGCAUUGAAUCUAACGAAGCAUCAAUGAUUCUUUGGAUAACAUCUCCAGGAGUCCAGCUACAAACCUAGGUACCUGUUUCUUAAUCAUAUAUCCAAGUCUCUACGUACCUAGGUAGGUACCUAUAAUAUCAAUCAUGGUUCUUCGAAAGCAUGAGCUAGAAGCCAAAUUGAAAGAUGACAUGGAAUUGGUCAAGAGUGGUGUACUCCGCGAUGACAAUCCGCUCGAUCUAAGCAACGAGUUCAAUGAACUGUUACAAGCUUGCAGACGAGGGGAUCUCAAGCGAACUCAGGAGUUAAUCUCUGCCGGUGUCAAUAUAAAUGGCAAAGAUGAGUUCGACUACACUCCACUCAUCAUUGCAAGUCUCUGUGGUCAUUACGAGCUAGUCGAGCUACUGCUUGAGUCGGGCGCUUUAGCAGAACGAGAUACAUUCCAAGGAGAACGAUGUAUCUACAAUGCUCUGAACGACAAGAUUCGGAGCCUAUUGCUCAAGUACGACUACUCAAAAUCUACAGAUCCCUUGCAACCAUGGGCAGCGCAUAUCAGUAGUUUGCUUACCCGGGAAACGCCAAAGACGUCUGAUAUAACCUUGGUGGCAGGGUCAAAGUCAUUUGAGCUUCACAAGUUCCUUCUCUCUGCCAGGUCGCCAUACUUCCGGAGGAAACUCACCGAAGCCCCCGAGACGGAAACAUGGAAGUUACCCCAGUCCAAACCCAUUGAAUCAUUUGAAGUUGUCCUCAGGUAUCUAUACCUAGGCGAUAUUCCGAGAGAUUUGGUCGAUGUCCGAAGUAGCAGCACCGAGGACGACGUUUUAACUGGGGUUGAUAAGAUCAGCAAACAGUUGGAGGUUGACCACCUAUGGGAGGCCAUUCUUUCGGGUGGUGAUCGACGAUUGGCACGACAAAGACAUCAGGAUGAAGUCAACCGAGCUCAAGAACAAGUCCAGGGCUUUUUCCAAGACAAUGUGCUCGGAAAUAAGAUUGUUGUUGAUAGCCGAAAAGUUCACGACGUGAAAUGGCCACAUGACAACUCCAUAUUUGCGGAUUGCCUACUACGAGCCGACGAAGCAGGUAGCGAUGAAGACGAUUCUGACGAACAAGAAGAAUCAGGUGGAAUCCCUAUCGGCCCAGGUGUUGAAUCGUCAAAACAGAACGGUGCCAAGAAGUACAGGAAAUCAACAUUGUAUCCAGCACACAAGGCAAUGCUAAUUCGCUCCCCGUAUUUCGAAACCAUGUUUUCUGGUCCAUUUCGUGAGGCUCAAGCAUCAGAACACCUACAUAUAAUCAAGAUUGAUUGUCUGCCAGAGGUUCUUGAGAUCAUAUUGGCGUUUUUAUACACUGAAAAGGUCGAAUGCCCGCUUGAGUUGGGUCUAGAUCUACUAUAUAUAUCCGAUAUGCUCUUCCUGGACAAACUAAAGACGAAAGCUGCGGUCGCCAUCAGCACAUUAGGGAGCGGCAACAACAAUGUUCUGAUCGACCGAACACAUAAUUAUGAAGGCGAGGACGACGCUGUGGAAGUUGAGGUCGAGCCUAUCAAUGUGUACGAUGUCAUACAUGCGGCCUGGGACUUGCGGGUUCAGCGGCUGGAGGAGUUCGCUGCCCGAUACCUCGCGUAUCGUCUGGAAUAUUACAUCGACGAAGAGGAAUUCACCGAGCUGAUCCAGGAAAGCGCCUCUAGACUUAAGACGAGAGAGGAGACGGACACGAUUGAGCUUCUAGACGAUAUCCGGUAUUACCUUUCCGAGCGCUUCAGACUACGGUUCGAAGAUGCCGGAUUGGACGAGAUGAUGGACGACGAUGACGAAACUAGCAAGAAGAUAGAUGAGGCGCUGCUAACCUCGCAGGUUAACAACCUUUCUAUAAGUGAAGACAAUGUGAAUGGUACUGCUGAGGCGGACAACACCAAGGCGGUCUCUUCUGCCAAGGCAGAUGUAGCAGAGUCUACGACUGGUCCUGUAGGUGUGGUUCGAACCCUUGAUGGAAAGCUUGUGGAGGACGAGUUUGCGUCCGACGCUAUAAACUAUCAGAUCCUACUACAAAAGAUCGAUCAGAUGCUAGAAAAGCUGAAACUAGACGCAUAGAGAUUCAUCGCAUUAGAAAUAUAGGCCCCUAUUAGCAUAUUGGGCCAAUUUUCUCCUUUAGUUCUGGUCACUCUUUGAGGUUCCUAGUAAUCUCAUCCAAAUGCAUACCUAACUAGCAGGCAUAAUUCAGUUCUAGGAUGAGGCGUUUAGAAAGCUCUUAGCUGCCCCAUAACCCUUCCAGGAGUGACAGUAGGUAGCUAUACCCAGUCAACAGUCGACCCCUACCCCUGAUCUCAU